GUUUUGUUAGCGCGAGCUCCUCAAACUCAACACCGGGUCGCACGUUUCGUGCAGUGUGAGGCAGCAAUGGCAUCCUCAAGUGUUAAUUCAAUACGAGUUCGACUGUAUUUUGAUUAUCCGCCACCUGCUGUACCCGACUGUCGUAUGUGUUGGGUGCUUGUAGACCUAAAUAAAUGCCGGGUGGUUGCGGAUCUUGCCAGCAUAAUACGAGAGAAGUUUGACUUCAGCCGUAAAAACGUCUUGAACUUGUACAUUGAGGACUGUUACCUGCCACAUACAGAGAGCAUUUACGUGGUCCGCGAUAACGACAGCAUCAGGGUGAGAGUGGACAGGCUGACUCCGGUGAGUGGUCUGGAAGCCAGCUGUCCCUCCGCUGUUGGUGGAAACGCCAAGAAGAGAGGGAGAGAAGCAGAAGAGGAAGAACCGUCCGAGAAUGGAGUGAGUGUGCCGUGGAAGACAAAGAAGAAAAAGAAGAAACACGACAAGAGCCAAGAGAGGGAGUCCACCCAGACUGCAGACAAUGACAGGAGUAAAGAAAAGAAGAAAAAGAAGAAAGAAAAGAAGGGAAAAGAGGGAGGGGAGAAUCUGGUCUCUACCCCCACCAAAGCUCCCUCAACCACCGUUUCCCAGCCUGGCAAAAGUACCAAGAAGGCCCAAGCAGCUCCCACACCAGCUCCCGUCAACAGAAAAGUGUCCACAACCAGACAAAAUGUCUCCACAGAUUCAAGCGACAGUAGCACGGAGGAGGAAGAGGCUCCCAAAAAGACACCCAUGCAAAAACCGCCCUCCAAAACACCCUCCACUUUAACCCCUACUGCCACGAAAGACAUUCCAAAAGCGAAAACACCUGCUACCAAACCCCCUCCGCCUCCCCCAUCAUCUUCAUCCGAGACAGAUUCCUCCUCGGAUGAAGCAGCCUCCAGCAAGGCACCAGCCAAACCCCCACCUAAAAAAACUCCUUUACCCAAACCCACUUCCUCCCCUGCUAACACCAUACCCUCAAGCCCUAUAGCGGGCACCAAGAACAAACUCACUCCUCCAGGGCCGCAGUCGCUUGGUCCACCUCCUCAAACGAUAAACUCUUCCCAUUUAGCCAACGGGUCCACUCAGCAGUCCAAGAAGGUUCCAGAAAAGCCUGGUUGUUCUGACUCGGACAGCAGCAGUGAGGAUGAGAUCAGACUGGUUAUCAAACGUCCAACCCAGGGUGGGAUGGGUCUGGCUGUCGCACCUGCCGUGGGUGACCCCUCCUCAGCCUCCAGGGGUAGGGGUAGGGGGAGCCCGAGUGGUGGGGAGAGGGGACGGUGGAACCCUAGGGGUGGGGGUAGACCGGGCAGGGGUGCCCUGGGACAGGGUAGAGGUGGUGGAGAGCAAAAUGGAGGGCGAGGCUUCUCUUUUAACUACGAGGAUUCACAGCAGCAACAGAAGCCAUCUUAUCACAGUGAUUUACUGACAAACAGAUCUGUGGUUUCCCAGAACCCUGUCGCUAGCGACCCCAAGCGGGACUACAGUACCUUGCCUCUCCUAGCUGCUCCUCCCCCGGUGGGACAGAAGAUCGCCUUCAAGCUGCUGGAGCUCACAGAGAACUACACACCAGAGGUGUCAGAGUAUAAAGAAGGGAAGCUCAUCAAUUUUGACCCAACCAACAAACAGAUUGAGCUGCAGCUGCUCUCAGCAUCUCAAGCAUUCGUGCAGCCGGGGAAGUUUGAUCUGGUGUACGAGAACGCAGAUGGCUCCGAGAGCGUGGAGUACGCCGUCGCCCGUGGAUCCCGGGUGACAGAACGUUGGGAAUCGCUGAUAGAGCCCAGGCUGAUCAUUUAGAAGCCCUGCUGGCUUUUGUAUGUGGCCACCCUGGACCGGUUAGUACUGCUGGACUGAAGCUAGCUGGAGGAUAUGUCAAUGUCAGCACUCUAUGUCAAUAUGUGGUGUAUCUUGUACCUUAUAUCUCUUUUAAAUGAAUCAACUGAUUCAGACUUGAGCCCUUCACAAAGUGACAAAUACCCGAAAUCAGGCUUAAGAUAAGUUUUCUUCCCACUCUCUAAAAUUCAUGUUUAUCCCCUUUCCUGUAUUUAAAAACAUUUGAACAGUAUGGGUUAGUUUUCCCAGUUUACCCCAAAUUCUGUGUUUUUAGAUUGAUGGGUGUCAGAGGGCACUAUUUAGAAUCUGACCUGGGUUCAACUGAAUGCAAGUCACGAUUAAUGGUGGCUUUGAUCAUUUAACGCUUAUUUUCUUUUUCUUUUAAAGUGGGUUCUGCGAAACGUCCUUUCCCUUUAAUGCCUUUGUAUGUUGAUAACAUUUGUAAUUGGAAUUCCUAAAUAAAUACUGUUUUUGUAAU